CAUCCUGGGUCUGGGGCUCCCCAGCUUCCUCUUUCUGCGCGUCGUCUGCGGGAUGAGUGGGAAAGGAGGGAAACAGAAAGUUUGAGGACACCCGGAUGAUCUGAAUGUGACGAUCUGAAUGGGGGCGAAGACAGGUUGCGUUUCUGUUAGCAGAGCCGCGGUGAUCGCGGCAGUUCUGACAGCUCCCUGCCUGAUUCCUGAAUUUGACAACUUGUACCUGGAUAUGAAUGGAAUUAUACAUCAGUGUUCCCAUCCUAAUGAUGAUGAUGUUCACUUCAGAAUUUCAGAUGAUAAAAUCUUUACUGAUAUUUUUCACUACUUGGAGGUGUUGUUUCGCAUUAUUAAACCUAGGAAGGUGUUCUUUAUGGCUGUUGAUGGUGUGGCUCCUCGAGCAAAAAUGAACCAGCAGCGUGGAAGGCGGUUUAGGUCAGCAAAGGAAGCAGAAGACAAAAUAAAAAAGGCAGUAGAAAAAGGAGAAACUCUUCCUACAGAGGCCAGAUUUGAUUCCAACUGUAUUACACCAGGGACUGAAUUCAUGGCCAGGUUACAUGAACAUCUGAAGUAUUUUGUAAAUUUGAAAAUUUCUACGGACAAAUCCUGGCAAGGAGUUACCAUCUACUUCUCAGGCCAUGAGACUCCUGGAGAAGGAGAGCAUAAAAUCAUGGAGUUUAUCAGAUCCGAGAAAGCAAAGCCAGAUCAUGAUCCGAACACCAGACACUGUCUUUAUGGUUUAGAUGCUGAUUUGAUUAUGCUUGGGUUAACAAGUCACGAGGCACAGUUCUCACUUUUAAGAGAAGAAGUUCGGUUUGGUGGCAAAAAGACACAAAGAGUAUGCGCACCAGAAGAAACCACAUUUCACCUCCUACACUUGUCUUUAAUGAGAGAAUAUAUUGACUAUGAAUUUUCAGUAUUAAAAGACAAGAUCACAUUUCAAUAUGAUAUUGAAAGGAUAAUAGAUGAUUGGAUUUUGAUGGGAUUUCUUGUUGGCAAUGAUUUUAUCCCUCAUCUACCUCAUUUACAUAUUAAUCAUGAUGCACUGCCUCUUCUUUAUGGAACAUAUAUUACCAUCCUGCCAGAACUUGGGGGUUAUAUUAAUGAAAGUGGCCACCUCAACUUACCUCGUUUUGAGAAAUAUCUUGUAAAAUUAUCAGAUUUCGAUCGGGAGCACUUCAGUGAAGUUUUUGUGGACCUUAAGUGGUUUGAAAGCAAAGUUGGUAAUAAGUACCUCAAUGAAGCAGCAGGUGUUGCAGCAGAAGAAGCCAAGAACUACAAGGAAAAGAAAAAAUCAAAGAGCCAGGAAAACUCCAUAUGUUGGGCUGCAUUAGAUAAAAAUGCACAAGUGGUAACUUCUAAGGACAAUUUAGAAGAUGAGACUGAAGAUGACGACCUAUUUGAAACCGAGUUUAGACAAUAUAAAAGAACAUAUUACAUGACGAAGAUGGGAGUUGACGUAGUGUCUGAUGACUUUCUGGCUGAUCAAGCUGCAUGUUAUGUUCAGGCAAUACAGUGGAUUUUGCACUAUUACUAUCAUGGAGUUCAGUCCUGGAGCUGGUAUUAUCCUUACCAUUAUGCACCUUUCCUAUCUGAUAUUCGCAACAUCAGUACACUUAAAAUCCAUUUUGAACUAGGAAAACCUUUUAAGCCAUUUGAACAGCUUCUUGCCGUACUUCCAGCAGCAAGCAAAAAUUUGCUUCCUACGUGCUACCAGCAUUUGAUGACCAGAGAGGACUCACCAAUUAUAGAAUAUUAUCCACCUGAUUUUAAAACUGACCUAAAUGGGAAACAACAGGAAUGGGAAGCUGUGGUACUAAUACCUUUUAUUGAUGAGAAGCGAUUGUUGGAAGCCAUGGAGACAUGUAACCACUCCCUCAAAACAGAAGAGAGGAAAAGAAAUCAACAUAGUGAAUGCUUAAUGUGCUGGUAUGAUAGAGGCACAGAAUUUACCUACCCCUCUCCAUGGCCAGAAAAGUUCCCUGCCAUAGCACGAUGUUGCACAAGGUAUAAAAUAAUAUCAUUAGAUGCUUGGCGUGUAGACAUAAGCAAGAACAAAAUAACCAGGGUUGACCAGAAGGCAUUCUAUUUCUGUGGAUUUCCUACUCUGAAACACAUCAAACACAAAUUUUUUUUGAAGAAAAGUGGGGUUCAAGUAUUCCAACAGAGUAGCCGCGGGGAAAACAUGAUGUUGGAGAUCUUAGUCGGUGCAGAGUCAGCUGAGCUGAGCAUAGAAAAUGUAGCUUCAUCAGUGCUUGGAAAGUCUGUCUUUGUUAAUUGGCCUCAUCUUGAAGAAGCUAGAGUUGUUGGUAUAUCCGAUGGAGAAACCAAGUUUUACUUGGAAGAACCUCCAGGAACACAGAAGCUGUAUCUGGGAAGAACUGCUCCUCCAUGUAAAGUGGUCCUUCUUGGAGACAAAGAACAAUCUAACUGGAUAAAAGAAGUACAAGGAAUUUCAGAAUAUUACCUGAGAAGAAAAGGAAUAAUAAUAAAUGAAACAUCUGCAGUUGUAUAUGCUCAGUUACUCACAGGUCAUAAAUAUCAAAUAAAUCAAAAUGGCGAAGUUCGUCUAGAGAAACAGUGGUCAAAACAGGUUCUUCCUUUUGUUUAUCAAACUAUUGUCAAGGACAUCCGAGCUUUUGACUCCCGUUUCUCCAGUAUCAAAACAUUGGAUGACUUGUUUCCUCCUAGAAGUAUGGUCUUUAUGCUGGGAACCCCCUAUUAUGGCUGUACUGGAGAAGUUCAAGAUUCAGGUGAUGUGAUUACAGAAGGUAGGAUUCGUGUGGUUUUCAGCAUUCCAUGUGAACCUAAUCUUGAUGCUUUAAUACAGAACCAGCAUAAAUAUUCUAUAAAGUACAACCCAGGAUAUGUGUUGGCCAGUCGCCUUGGAGUGAGUGGAUACCUUGUUUCAAGGUUUACAGGAAGUAUUUUUAUUGGAAGAGGAUCUAGGAGAAACCCUCAUGGAGACCAUAAAGCAAAUGUGGGUUUGAAUCUCAAGUUCAACAAAAAAAAUGAGGAGGUACCUGGAUAUACUAAGAAAGUUGGAAAUGAGUGGAUGUAUUCAUCUGCAGCAGAACAACUUCUUGCAGAGUACUUAGAGAGAGCUCCAGAACUAUUUUGUUAUAUAGCCAAAAAUAGCCAAGAGGAUGUGUUCUAUGAAGAUGACAUCUGGCCCGGAGAAAAUGAGAAUGGUGCUGAGAAAGUUCAAGAAAUUAUUACUUGGCUAAGGGGACAUCCUGUCAGUACUUUGUCUCGUUCUUCUUGUGAUUUACAAAUUCUGGAUGCAGCUAUUGUUGAGAAAAUUGAGGAAGAAGUUGAAAAAUGCAAGCAAAGAAAGAAUAAUAAGAAGGUGCGAGUGACAGUGAAGCCCCAUUUGCUGUACAGACCUUUAGAACAGCAGCAUGGAGUCAUUCCUGAUCGGGAUGCAGAAUUUCGUCUAUUUGAUCGUGUUGUAAACGUGAGAGAGAACUUUUCAGUUCCAGUUGGCCUUCGGGGCACCAUCAUAGGAAUUAAAGGGGCUAAUAGAGAAGCUGAUGUACUAUUUGAAGUAUUAUUUGAUGAAGAAUUUCCUGGAGGCUUAACAAUAAGGUGCUCUCCUGGUAGGGGUUAUCGACUGCCAACAAGUGCCUUGGUGAACCUUACUCAUGGGAGUCGCUCUGAAACUGGAAAUCAGAAGUUGACAGCCAUUGUGAAACCGCAGCCAGUUGUGAAUCACUGUAGCUCAAGUUUAUCAAUUUCAUCUGGGCAUUUGGGAGGCUUGAACCAUUCCCCUCAAUCGCUUUUUAUUCCUACACAAGUACCUACUAAAAAUGAUGAUGAAUUUUGCAACAUUUGGCAGUCCUUACAGGGAUCUGGAAGGGUUCAACACUUUGAGCCAACUCUACAAGAGAAGGGUGCAGGCCUACCUCAAGAAAUAAGUCAAGUAUCUCAACAUCAUAAAUCUGGCUUAAAUGACAAUAUUAAAUGUCAGCAGAGAAAACAUGAGCCUCACAGUAAAUUUAAAGAAGAGUGUAAGAGUCCUAAAACUGAGAGUCGGUCACAAAAAAUUUCAAAUAAGCAGCCUAACACUGGAAUUGAGAACUUUUUAGCAUCCUUGAAUAUCUCCAAAGAAAAUGAAGUACAGUCAUCUCAUCAUGAAGAGCCUCCAAGUGAAGAACAUUUGUCACCACAGUCAUUUGCUAUGAAGGGAACACGGAUGCUUAAAGAAAUUUUAAAAAUUGAUGGUUCUGACUCCGUGGGCCGUAAGAAUGAAAUGAAACAGAUCGAUAAUAAAGUCACCGUUUCCUCUAAUAGAAGAGAUGAAUCUGGACCUUCCUCACAGCCUAAACAAAAUAAGAAACCAACAUCUUAUAUGAACAAGCCUCACAGUGCUAGUGAGUACCAUAAUGUGCAGUCUAUGGAAAAUGUGUGUUGGCCUGCUCCCAGCCAGCUCCCUCCUGUGUCCACACCAGUAACUGAACUUUCUCGAAUUUGUUCCCUUGUUGGAAUGCCACAACCAGAUUUCUCUUUUCUUAGAACACCGCAGACAAUGACAGUUUGCCAAGUGAAAUUAUCUAAUGGCUUAAUGGUACAUGGGCCACAGUGCCAUUCUGAAAAUGAAGCCAAGGAAAAAGCUGCACUUUUUGCUUUACAACAAUUGGGCUCCUUAGGAAUGAAUUUCCCUUUGCCUCCACCAAUAUUUCCAAGUUAUCCUCCUGCUAUACCACCCGGAACCAUUCGUCCAGUUUUUCCCCAACCUACUGCUAAUAUAAUGCCAUCAUCAUCUCAUCUCUUUGGUUCAAUGCCAUGGGGACCACCAGUGCCAGCUCCUGGAAAGCCCUUUCAUCAUAGUUCAUAUUCCGGGACCAUGCCCAUGGCUGGGGGAAUGGCAGGUGGUGUGCACAAUCAGUUCAUACCUCUACAGGUUACUAAAAAAAGAGUUGCAAACAAAAAGAACUUCGAGAAUAAGGAGGCUCAGAGUUCACAAGCCAGUCCACUUCAGACUAGCCAGCCAGGGUCUUCUGAUGUCACCAAAGUGAUUCCACAGGAGAGUUCAUCAGUUUCCUUGAAGUCCUCUCAGAUUACUCAUCCAGCACCUUCUUUUCAAGUUGAAGCUUCCUCCCAAGGCCAUAGUAUGUCUCACCAUAAGUCAACACCAAGCUCUUCUUCAAGAAGAAAAUCAAGAAAACUGGCUGUCAAUUUUGGCGUUUCUAAACCGUCUGAAUAAAUUUGGUACUUGGAAUUAAAUUAAUUUCUUUCCUUUCCACUCACCUUUUUAUAAAUCUUUACCUGUGUCAUAAAUAAUUAGAAUGUGCUAUUUUAAAAUAAUGUUUCCAUUGAAAUAUUUUAAUUUUUAAGUUUUCAGGCACUUUUCAUGCUGUUUAAAGACUACAUAUCAAAUUGUGCAUCUUAAAUAUGUGCAGUUUGUUUUAUGUUAAUUAUACCUCAGUAAAAUUGUUAAAAAGAAAAUACUAAGUUAAAUCUAUGUUAAAAUAAUACCAGUGGACUAAGCAUUAAAACGUACCACUGUAAAUACUGGCCUCAUCAUUAGAAAUACCCUGAGCUAUGAAUCAGACCUCAUAUUACAAUAAUAGUAAACAUUUUUUUAUACUAUCAUUGAGGGAUAAUUAAAUGGAGCAUGAAAAUUGGACCUCACAUAUAACUUACUGAAUGUGGAUUUUAUUUUUCUCUUUAAUUAUGUAACAGAAUUGUGGAGAAUGGCUCUUAUUUAUAAGUAUUUUUAACUCAUGUUCUGUUGUCUGUGAGGGUCAUUUAGACCUGCUGUAAAACAACCACACUUGUGGUGGUGCUGCCAGUUUUGCUUUGUUCUAAAUUUUGUACAAAAGCAACUUUAGAAUACUGAUCAGAAUAUUUCAUUUAACUACUUAGAACUAUAAAUAGCAAUCUAGAUUUGAGUAACUACAAUUUUUUUAGAUUAUUCAAGAACCAGCAUUGGUAAUUUCUAAUAAAAUUAAGUUUCAAAAUCUACAGGGUACAAUGAUUACAAAUUAAUCUUCUGAUAUAAUAAAGUACAAAACAUUAAUCAUGUUGUUAAUUAAAAUAAAUUGUAUUAUUCUUUUGUAUAGCUUUUUACCUGCUUCCUUAAACAUAUCUGAGAGCUCCAUUGUUGGUUCAUGUGUAGUGCUUCUUGGGACUGAUGAAAUUCUAAUUUUUUUAAAUUUCAAUGUGUGCUAUAAGCACAAUCACUUUGUGAUAUACAUUAUUUACAUGACAAAUGCCUCUCACUCUAUUUCCAUAUUUUUAGCUUUAUCCUGAACUGUUCAGUGACUGGCAUUUUGUCUUUGCAUGUCAUGUGUGGGUGUGUAAUGUUCAAGCUGUGGCUGUUGAAAUUAUUUUAGAAUUUAUGAAAAUUUAUCAGUGGUACCAAGGUCUGAGUUUUUAUAUAUAUGCAUAUAUAUAUAUUUAUCCUUUAGUUUUUGUGAUAUGCUUAUAUUUUUAAGGAAGUAAGUUAUCAUACUUUUUUAAAAGUAGGAACCACAAGUUUUAUAUGGAGCUGCUGCUUCUUAUAUCUAAUUUCAUUUAGCUCAUUGAAAACCUAUUUGUUUUUUAAAAUGCUGGCAUUGAACUAAAUGGAUUCCUUUAACUGCUGAUUUCAGAGUUUCUCUAAAUGUUUAUAGGAUAUUUGUAUAUUAGUAGUGCCUUUAGUAUAAGAGAUAAAUGUUCAUUAUCUGUCAUUUAUUAGAGUAUUGUGAAUUUCUGUGAUUUUAUUUUCUAUUGAUUUCCUAGAUUCAGAUGUUCAUUGGUUCCAGCAUUUCCUUGUUGGAAAUGUUUGUUGAUCUGUAGUGGGAUCUUGAAUAAUGAGGCUCAAGUAAUUCUCCGUGUUUGUCUUUGUGGCCUCACAAAAACUCUCUAUUUGUUUUCAAAGGAAGUAUCUAUAUGGAAAUGCAAUACAAAAAAAGUUAAAUUGUGGCAGUAAUAUUCUGUUAAUCUCCUACUGCUUUAAAGUGUAUAAUAUGUUUCACCCUAUAUAACUGUACAAACUCCAGCAUUCAAGAAUUGCCUCACUCAUCACUCUUCUGUGACUGCUCUUUAGACAGUGUACAGUCCACAUCCUUUUUAGUUUGCUGAUGAAGGAACAAAUGCUGUCUUCUGAAAACUCCACAAGAAAAAUUUCAGUAAGCAUGGUGCCACUGAACACAUAAGAAUAGUUCAUCAGUAUUUGAGUAAAGCAAGCUGAGAAUUCUAUAUGUAUAGGCAGUAAGUGUUUUCUUUUCACUCCUCCUUCUCUUUUCUUUAAACAUAUUAUUCUGAAGGUCAAGGUUGAAGAGAAAUUUAAAUAGAAGAGAGCUCUGUAAUGACUAGAUAGUGGUCAGACAUUCAUCUAUAUUCUUUUCCCUUUGCAGACAGACCUAUUCCAAAUGUGAGCCUGAGAUCAAUAGGAGAUAUGUUUUCAUGCCCUGCCUAUGGAGAUAGAGGCCAUUUUUCAUAUCAUUAUGUUCUUGAGGAGACUGGAUUUAGUGAUAUUUUUGGAAACCUAUAAUUAUUCCAUUUCAUGAGGGGCAGAUUCAACUUCCGCACAAUUUAGAAAUAUGUCUGUUCAGCUGUUGAAUCUGCUAUGGACUUUCUGUGAAAAUGGUGGACUAUAUGGGGCACAGAGGAGUAGAUUCCCCAAAUUGCUUCAUGUUUCCACAUAACUAGAGCAGUGAAAUUUAAAUAUCCUUCAUCAAUAAUUUUUUCCUUUUUUUGAGCUCAUUAGUGAAUUUUUAAGAUAAGCCUUCCAACUUCACUGUUUCUUUUCACAAUUUCCUAUAUUACCUGGUCAUUACCUGAGUUUUAUAAUUUGACAGGUAGAAUGUAUUAAUUGGUUUAAACAUCAUGUAGACCAAUGUCUUAAACAUUUUAAAUUCAGUUGCAUGAAAAUUAAUUUGUGUACCUUGGUUUCAAUUUAAGAUUACUCUUGUUUUUCAGAAGGAUAAGUUGUUCUUUUAGAACUAAUAAGAUAAAGAGAGCUCCCCGCCCCCCAGCCCCCGCUGUCCCCACUGGUAGAGGAGAUGAAAAACUCUUGAUGCAGGUUUUUUGUUGUUUAUUUUCUUUUCUUUGACCAGGUGUUUGCUUUGGUUUUAGACUGAUAUUUAUAAACUAAUCUAAAGUCUUGUUUUUAACGGGAGGAAGUAGAAAGAAGGUGGUUGGAAGAAAGAAAUAAGACACAUCCAAUCACUGCGUUUUAGACUGUAAUAUAUCUAGCUCAAGGAAAUAGAUAAGAUUCAGGGUCUGUUUUAUUCACUCAUCUUUAAAUCAUCUGUUCUAUUUGUAUUAAUAAAUCAUACAUUUUCAUAAUGAUUAAUUUUUACCUUAAAAUAGAACUGUGUAGCCUUCCAUUGAAGUUUGUUCUAACAUACUUUAUCUCAUUGUUCAGAGCAACUUUUUAAAGCAACUUUGUAUUAUAUUCUAGCUUUUUGAGCUUGCUAUUUCAUAGUACCAUCUUGCUUCCAAACUGUGUUUUUUACUCUGGAGGAGAAUUAAUUUAUAUAAGAGAAAUGAUUGUGUCAGGCAUUCUCUACCUUUAAAAAAAUGAGUCAGAAAUUCUCUUAGCAUUUUUCCAGAUAUAGUGAUAUUACUCAAAUAGUCAGUGUUCCUUAUGUACAUUUUGUAAGCUGUGUCAGUGAAACAGUCUUUUUUGCAGGAGCUUCCUUUCCUACUCAGAAUAAAGCUUAAAAUUCUAGAAAUGAAUAUUUUUCAGACUGAUCUGGUUCAUAUUUUGUCAGACCUCACAGUGUUGAAACAGACAGCCAACAGGGCCAAGCCAACAGGCGGGUGGAUGUUUCACUGUUAUACACUGAGUUAAUAGCUCAGAUAUCACAGAUCCUUCUUUUAGAGAAAGAGAGAAAAAAUGUAUAAGAUAGUUUUAGGAGUUAAGAAUAUCAGCAAUCCACAGUUGCUUUUGUGUUUAGGUAUGUAUAUUGUCAGUGGAUCAACAGUAAUGCCUUGCUCAAUCAAUGCAUUCAGCCAUCUCAAGUGCAAUUUGUAAUGGAGACCCUGGUUUCCAAUAGAUAAAGUUUUACAUAGUUAAACCUGUAAAAAUUAAUUUUUCCAACAGUACACCCAUUGCUAUUGAUUAUUUUAGCUAUUGGUGUACUAUUAAAUUAUCCAGGCCAAAUAAUUAAGUUUCUGUAGAUAUUUUAGUAAUUUGAAGCCAAAUUCUUGUACCAUAUCUAAUGAAAUAAUAGGAGUAAGAAUUCGGUCCAUAGUGUGCUUUAAGUUCUUUUAUUCCUUUCUUCCCCUCACAGUGAAGGGGCUUUUUGUUUGUUUGGGGCUUUUCUCUCUCGCGCGCUGUCUCUCUCUCUCUCUCUCUCUCUCUCCCUCCCUCCCUCUUUGCCUCAAGUCUCCUAAAUUUUGUUCUGCCCAUUUGCUUCUUUGAGUAUUUUCAUAUAUUUUCAUAUAUAAGUAAUAGAUAGUGUGCAAUAUCAUCAAAGUGUUCAACAUGUUCAUUUAAACAAUGUAAUUAGAUAAAAUUCAUACGUAUAUAUCUUAAUUCAUUUCUUUUCUCACAUAACUAUUUUAUAAGUAACUAGAAUUUUUCAUUAGAUCUUAUACAGAACAGUAUUUUAUUAAAAUUUCAAAAGGGAAGACUUUUGUGCUCAUUUUGUAGUUUUUGGUUUUUAAAUAUCUUUACAUUAUCUGAAAUAAAAGUGUUUAAAACUUGCAUUGGAAUGGAAUUCAAAUGUAUUUUUGUGUUGUUAAGUUGUUCAUUUGUAGAUUUCUAGCAUGAAGUUAGCCUCAAAAUGUUGUGGAAAAGGAUUUUAAAAUAUAAGAGUCACUGAAAGAGUUUAAACAUUAUACAUGUAAAUUGCUAUAUGGAUUUUAAUUAAACACUUGAGAAUGAUUUCAUAA